CUUCCCAGUUCUCUUUCGUUCCUUCGGUCAUACAGAGCAGUGCUCGCCCUUUGCGUUCUUGAAUUCUCAUUUCACUUCAGGCGUCGUAUUACCGGUUCAGUCAACUCUUGAUCACGACUAGCACCAUGCAUUUCUCCAUCGCUGCCCUUGCUUCCGCCUUCUUGGCCUCUGGUUUGGCCAGCGCUGUGCCUUUGCAGAGCCGCGGCACGAAGAUGAUGUCUUCGAAGCCGCUCACCAACUCCGCCGGCGCUGUGUACUUCAUCACAAACGAGCCCGAUGAGAACAGGAUCAUCGCCGCAAGCAUCAACACGGACGGCACCCUGACCCUGGACCGCGCUGUCUCCACCCGCGGCGUGGGUGCUCAUGGACUGACCGACCCGCUCGGGCCAGAUGCGCUUUUCUCCCAGGGUGCCAUCAAGGCGUCUGCCAAGGGCCAGGUUCUCGCGACCGUCAAUGCGGGCUCCAACACCAUCUCGCUGUUCUCGAUCGACCCGAACGCGCCCACCCACAUCGCGCGCGUCGGCGAGGCCGUGUCGUCCGAGGGCGAGUUCCCGAUGUCGCUCGCGUUCUCCAGCGACGGCAGCCGCCUCUGCGUGCUCAACGGCGGCACCGUGAACGGCGUCAACUGCUACGCGGUCGACAAGAAGGCCGGGCUGAAGGCGCUCCCGAACACGCUGCGCUCGCUCGGGCUGAACCAGACGACGCCCGCGUCGGGCCCCGCCGGCUCCGCGAGCCACCUCGUGUUCAGCGAGGACGGCAAGCAGCUGAUGGCGUCCGUGAAGGGCGUGCCGCCCACCCCCGGCAUGAUCGCAGUCUGGGACGUCGCGGACGACGGCUCGCUCUCGGCGGACUUCAAGCCGCUCGCGCCGCCCACCGGGGGGCUGCUCCCGUUCUCGAUGACGAUCAUCCCUGGCAAGAACGCGGUGCUCACGACGGACCCGGGCGUCGGCUUCGACGUGUUUGACCUGAGCGGCGGGAACUCGAGCUCGGCGGUCACGAUCGACGGGCAGAACGCGACGUGCUGGUCAAGCUUCAGCACGAAGACCGGCAACUUCUACUUGACGGACAUCGGCACUGCGAUUGUGACGGAGGUGAACGUCGACGACAACCUCAAGGCGUCGAUUGUGAAGCAAUACCCGCAGACAAAGGGAGCCGCCACGAUCGACAACGACAUCGCCACCGUCAACGGCAAAGACUUCAUGUUCGUGCUCGCACCAGGCGCACAGACCGUGGAGGUCCUGUCUCUCGACUCUCCCGGAAAUGCACAGCACGUCCAGACCCUGGAUCUGGCCGGCCCCACCAAGGCUGCGGGUGUGACGAUUAACACCAACAACUUGCAGGGCAUGACGGCUUUCAUCCGCGAGUGAUCGUCCGUGUUCUCUUCCGCCCUCAUUAGACCAAUUUCACAUCUGUAGAUCGGAUAUCUUACCAUAUUGUUUAUCUAUAUGCAGUCUACAUGUU